AUGGACACGCAUGAGGGCGAAGGACCCCCUUGCGCUCCACGCCGCGACGCACUGGGUGGACAGUACAAUGUCGUUAGUGGACGGGCUGACUAUAUGCACGAAACAGCCAUGGACACGUAUGAGGGCGAAGGACCCCCUUGCGCUCCACGCCGCGACGCACUGGGUGGACAGUACAAUGUCGCUAGUGGACGGGCUGACUAUAUGCACGAAACAGCUAUGGACACGCAUGAGGGCGAAGGACCCCCUUGCGCUCCACGCCGCGACGCACUGGGGGGACAGUACAAUGUCGCUAGUGGACGGGCUGACUAUAUGCACGCUACCUCGUCGCCAGGCAUCAUGCCGGUUCAACAGCCGCCCUGCCUUUGCCGUGGGUAUAUCAUAUUAGGGGCCGGAUUGAACGAUCGGCAGCUCGCAUGCUGUGGCGUGGAGGAUGGAAUCGAAGUGGGAGGAAGUGACACCCAGUCGGUUGGAGAACAGAUGAGACAUACGGUGGAGACGUCGAGGUUAAAGGCCGACGAGCGCGAGGCGUCGUGA